AUGAUGUGUCAUAUGUAUAUAGGGAGGCAGGUUCAACGUGACAGAUUAUUUCUUAUAUAAAAUUUCCAGUUUUAUUUGAAAUACAUAUUCUCCCGACCCUCAUCCGUGCUAUUCUGCCGAAGAAAGUAUGUCCGUCCCUGUCUGCUGCAAGUGUAAUGAGGAGAUUAAGCCAAGGGCCAUAUGCAGCAUGGGCAAGGCCUACCACCCGCACCAUUUCACGUGCCGGGACUGCCAGAAGGUGAUGGAGCCAAGCCGGUUCUAUGCGGUCAAGGACGAUGUAGUUUGCAGCGAAUGCUACCUGGGUAAUCACGCCUCCAGGUGCUGCGCCUGCAAUGCACCGAUCGUGGACCGCGCCGUCAUGUCCAUGGGACGCAAGUGGCACGAAAAGUGCUUUCGCUGUAUCAGUUGCAGUCAACCCCUGAUGUCAGCGACCUUUUACGAGAUAAACGGCUACCUCUUCUGCAAGCUUCACUUUCAGGAGCUGUUCUCCUCCCGCUGUUCGGGUUGUGGGGAGCCAAUCAUGAAGGAAGCUGUGGUGGCACUGAACACCAAGUGGCAUGCGGCAUGUUUCCGUUGCCGCAACUGACAGCGAAUCAUUGCCACCUGCGAGUUCAGUAUUGAUGAGAGCGGUCGGCCCCUAUGCCUGGAUUGCAGUUCAACGGAAUCCGAAGGUCGAUUAUCCCACAAAACAAUUGCAUAUUAAAAUCUGUAUUUGUGAUGAUUGUUAAAUUGUGUAAAGGGGCUUGAGAAAUUUUCUAUUUUACGAAACAAAAUUAAAGUAAUGUUUGUUGCACAACCCA